CGAGCAGAGACCGUCGUUCUCGUUCGGUUUGUUGAGUUGUGUAAAUAUUUUCAAGAUGGAUGGUUGUAUUUCUCCGUUGCUCCGCUGCGUGUGUUCGGUUCGGUUCAUGUAAAGAACUUUAGUUGCAACUACCGAUGUUGCUAAAAAAUUAUGUGGUUUCUAUUGAGUGAAAAUCUGCUGUAGAAAAAAUUGAUUCUGAAAGGAAUUUUCAGUAAUAUUUAUUGUGUUCUCAUUUUCAUUCUCGAACCUAUCAGGGAAUUUAAUUAAUUUUCUCCCUUGAUUUGACACAUCCGAAGAGAGUGUUGAGCAGAACUAAAAAUCGUGAGAAUCUCUAAUAGAUUCUAUUCGUGUAUGUGUCGCGUUUAGUGUGAAGUGGACUGUUUUGUCUUGUGGAGAUCAUCAAAGGUUACUAACGAAGGGGGUUGUUUUGUCACGGAUGCUGUUUGUUUGAUGUUUCUUUUGCUUUUAGAGUAUAAUCGAAACAUGUUUUUAAAUGAUAAGUGAGUGAUGCGAAUUACAAACCAUUGUCACAAAGCCGCGAAUUGAAAUAGCAUAAUUCAGGUGAAAACACGCAAUUAACUGCCUGUUUAUGAGUGAACAGUUUAGUUUUUUCAUUCUAUGGAACGUUGGACCUACAUAGUGAAAAAUACCCACUUCUCCCCUCGUUCGAAAAAAAAGGUUGCAAAACUCCAACCUGAGGGAAAUCAGUAGCAGUGGGAAAAUAGUGUGAGUGUCAGGAGAGAAAAUUUUUCACUCUGCCGAUGGGCGGUGUUGUUUUUUUAAAAAUAGCUGAAAAAGAGCAGAAGAUGCUUGUGCCGUUUGUUUGAUUUCAUUUGGGUUGACGAAUUUCCACGAUGCCCCAGUGAGAAUUUGUGUAAAAGUUCCGGAAAGUGAUCAAAAGCACAGUGUCGAAUUCGGUGGAAGUAUUCUGGACGUCACUAGUCUAUCGAAAAGAAAGGAAACUGUCUAACCUCGGAGGUCGAAGUAUUUGUCCAUGGAAGGGAAUACUACAUAGACGGUUGUUUAUCAUUGGAUCGAAUUUCACCCAAUCCCCAAUCGAAAGGUGAGCGAGUAGUCAUCCAACAAAUUUGUUUCUGGGAUUCACGAUCGGCCGACACCCGCUGAAUAUCAACAACCAUUGGGACAUCGAAAUUGGGUCAUGGCUGCCCGUAAUUCAUGAUCGAGAAUUAAACACCAGUAAAGAUGUGUCGCUUGCGAAGUGACGCAAUCGGUGCCGGACAUCCGCUUCACUGGAGGACAGCGGCACUGUAGCUGCGUAUCGCCAGCUAUUUUCCUCUGUCGAAAAUAAAAAUCCUUUGACCGUCAAAUGACAAAUCUAUCAAGACGCAUUCAGUGAGACACGGGACAGCCAGACAAUGAUGAGUCAUUCCAGUAAGCACUAUCAGUUUUCCGGAGCCACUGGCACCCACUCGGAAGCUGGCGGCAGCACCGGCGGUGUCAUCAUCAAAUUAUCCGAAAAGCCACGCACCGUCAGCGAUAGCGAGUCGGAGAUCAACUACGACAUGUUCAACAGCAGCGUGACGUCCGAGUGUGGCGGUUCGUCGUCGGUGAUGAACACCUCGCAGAUUUCGAAUGUGUCCUCCGAUUCGACACACAUCAAGAGUGCAAAUUUGACGCGGUCGCAGAACCUGGGAGGAUCCUGCCGUUUCCCGAAGCUAGAAGAAUGUGCCCACUUCCACUACGAGCGCGUCCAGCUGGGCAAACUCACUGUCCGGUUGGUGGCGGAUGAGAAGAAUGACUCCCAGCUCGGUCCGCAGAGUGGUCAAAGCUCCCUGCUUGCUAGUACCGAUCUGAGUAGCUCCCAAACAGCCGGCAACGGCGGUAGAAACAACUGGUUCAUUAUCCGCAUCACGGCUGGCCGAUCUGAUUCUUUCAUGAUAAAGCGAUCCUUUGAGAACAUGUGUUUCCUGGACGAGAUGCUUCAUCGGUGCGUGUACGAUCGGAGGGUAAGCGAGUUAGAAAAUUUGAAAGAGAUGGAUAUGUCGGAUAAGAGCGACGAAGAGCUGGAAUCGUUGGUGGGAUUGUAUUUGAGUCGGCUAUCGGUAAUCGCAUCGGAUGCUAUGACGUGUGGACCCGUGCUGACCUGGUUGCAGAUCGACAACAAAGGUCGUAGACUGCCGGUGGCAGAUGAACAGACGAUGAAGUGCAUCAAUACACCAGCCGUUGGGGCAGCUUACGGAGUCCGAAGGUAUGUGGCACAGGCGUGUGAUGAAAUUUCGAUCGAAGUAGGAGAUAUGAUUUCGGUUAUCGAUAUGCCAAGCCCGGCGGAAUCGAUUUGGUGGCGCGGUAAAAAGAGUCAUUUGCAGAAAAAUCAAUAUGAAGUGGGAUUCUUUCCACAGAGCUGUGUGGCCACCAUCGGCGAUAAGGUUCCUCGGCACAUGCCAUUCCCUGCUCCACUGGUAGGAUCGCUGGCUGUGUCACCGACGAAACCAGUACUUCGGAAGCACGGAAAAUUGAUAGCUUUCUUCCGAAGUUUUAUCCUAUCAAGGCCUUCCAGACGACGACUGAAGCAAAGCGGAAUUUAUAAAGAGCGAGUGUUUUCCUGCGACUUGGGAGAACAUCUGCUCAACAGUGGCCAAGACAUUCCAAUGGUUUUGAAAUGUUGUGCGGAGUUUAUCGAAGAGUACGGGAUAGUGGACGGAAUCUAUCGACUGUCCGGAAUUACCUCCAAUAUACAGAAACUAAGGCGUGCCUUCGACGAAGAACGCAUUCCAGACUUAACACAUCCCGAGAUUAAGCAGGACAUUCAUGCCGUUAGUUCCUUACUGAAGAUGUACUUUCGCGAACUGCCAAAUCCACUAUGUACCUAUCAACUGUACGACCACUUUGUGGACGCAAUCCAGACUCGAUUGGACGCUCCUACCGAUCUCAAACUUCGGCUGAUUCGACAGACCGUGCAGAAACUGCCACCACCUCAUUAUCGGACCCUGAAGUAUCUGGCGACACAUUUGUUCAAAAUUUCUCGAGCUUCAGCUAGCACUGGUAUGACUGAGCGUAACAUUGCCAUCGUGUGGGCACCAAAUCUACUUCGUUCGCCGGCGCUGGAGUCAGGUGGUGUAGCCGCUCUCCGAGGUGUUGGUGUUCAAGCUGUAGUCACCGAAUACUUGAUCAGCAACUGUGAGCGAAUCUUCGACGAUAGCGCAGAUGAUUUCGGUAGUCAUUACGUGGAAUCUCAACCGAACUCGUUGAGUGACUCUAACAGCGUUCAAAAUCAUGGUGGACUAGACCAGGAUCUGUCGAUAUCGAUGGAAAGACCGAAAAGCUUGAGUGUGGGUGGCGCCAAACUGUUGAGUCUCGAGGAGGCCCGCAUCAGACGUAAUUGCAUGGAGAACAGCGAGAAAACUAUCCCCAUCAACAUCACAAACACUUCCACGCACAUUGGUUCAUACAUCGAAGUCGGUGGAGGUCCCUCCAGUCUGCCGGACAAGUACCACACGGUGUUACCAGUGCCAAGAAGCUGGAAUAAACGAAAAUCGCACUCGUCGUGGAAGUCUAUUUUCACGAGGCAACCACGACAGUCCAACAGCAACCAGGACAUCAAAGAAUACAGCAAUGCGUCAACUCCCACAUCGAAGGAACCACCGCUGAUUGUCGCCAAUGGGAGAACCGUUAUCGAGGAACGUGUGAAACCAGAGCCGAACGGUGACUUGAAGAAAAGUAACAGCGGCUUGCUGCAGGAUAAGAUGACAAAGAGUGUAGAUCUUUUCGACGGCAAAUCACUCACCAUUGAAUCUUGCGCUCGCUCCAACUCGGUCGAUAGUUUACGAACGGCAGGCCAUAGUCGUUCGGUUUCGCACGAUUCGUACUUCGAUCUGCUGCAGUCGCCGUUGCGAGGGAAUGUGGUAACCUGCCCUAGCCGGGAGUUGUCCGAACUGGGGUUAAAUUUUGACCGGGAAGAACCUGAAAUGCGCAUUUUCUCUGAGAGUGAGAGUUUAGUCAGUAGCCCAAAGGUAGCCAAAGAGUCAAUUCGUCGAACGCUACGAGCACGCCCGGAAGAAUACACCAGUGGAGGUAACAGUGUUAAUCCCAGUCCCAAAAAGCAACCUCGUUUGAACAUUCAUAGUCCAACCGAAGCAGCCAAGCAGCAGUGGAUGGUGGCAAAAACUGAUUCCGAAGUGCUAAGUCACGAUGAGAGUCUCUGCAAGCGCUACAAACUAGAAGAUCAACUCAGUGACAUUCAGUAUAUCGAUUGUAACACUCCGGAACACAACGUGUCCAGUGCGGGAUCGUCUCUGAAUAAUAACACAAUCUUCACCAGUGCACAGGUGCACAAACCUCCACUACAGGAGGAUUCUGACGGAGAAAAUGAACUGAUUGGAGUUAGAAACUCAUACCCUGGUUCCCAGUACAGUUACGUGAAGUAUGACUCCCCGAUUAAGGAGACUCGGUUUAGCUAUCCGGGAUCUAGUGCCAAAAAUAAGGAUAAACAUAAUAAGGAAGCCAAGGAGCAAGCAAUGAAUAUUGAUGAGCAGCAGCUACUGGUACACAAGAAUGGAUCAUCAUUGUACGAGAGUUUUAUUCUAUGCAGCCAGGCAUCGAAACCACCCAAGUACCCGGGGCGUUACAGUUACUAUCAACCCAGCGGCAGCGGAGAUGGCGGCGGUGAUGACAACAUAGCUAACGGAACCGGUACCACCAUCACCGGUGAGAGCCGUGAUGAAGGUUUGCAGGUGGUUCCUCGGAGCUGCUCGGAAAACGUUCUACGGAAAAGUGAUACUCAGAAGAGUAAACUGAGUGCCGUUACACCCCAGUCGCCAGUGCAGAGUCCCUGCUACUCACUGCUACUAGGAUCGACCACCAGUUCGGACAACAGUAGUAAUCUGAAUACUCCGGUAUAUGAUAUUGACGUGUCGGCAUUGCUAGCUCAGCAAACGCAGCCAUUAGAGAAAACCAAAGAUGACUCGGACCAAAGGGAUAUCAAGGCACUGAAAAGAGAACUCUCGUUAGAUCUCAGCGAAGCGGGGGUGAAGAUUGCUGGCGGGAAGCUUACGUCGGCAAAGAAAAUGUCUUCACCGAGCACUCCGUUGAAUUUUGCAUCGGAUAAUACGACAACCAACACAACUACAACCACCAGUCAAUCGAUGACGCCCAGUGAGUACUGCUAUCAAAACUUAAACCCCGAGCUCUCGCCGGGGGAGUUGGCUUCGUUUGCGCCGAAAGUAGCUCCCAACACGAACAAUAAGCCUGGAACACCGAUUAAAGCCACUAUCAACAUAACGUACAACGUACGAUCACCUGUAAAAAAGGAACAGGAAGGUAAUAUAUUCCGGUCUCCCGUCCAUUCCGUUGAUUCGAUAACUCCCACCACUCCGAGCAAAACUGACCAUGAAAAAGUCCGACCAAAGGUUGACGAUGAUUUGCUGGAAGAGGAAGAGUACCAACGGGAAAGGAGGAGUAUAUAUGAGAAUGUCCUGGUGACCGAGCCACUGCCCGGCAAAGAUGCGUCUGCUGUCAAGCGACUAUUGGAAACUAAUUUCGACGAAACCAUGGUUUAUGAACAAGUGAAAUUUUACAAAAACGCAGUCUCUGAAGUGAAUCACUUGUUAGAUGAUGAAGUGGUGGAGCAACCGAAACAACUGCCAGAGCUGGAAGCCUCUUCCCGAUUGUUGGAUCUAUCCAUCAACGAAGAGAAAGUGAGAGUACCUGAACUAGUCUCAUUUGAGGAAAAGUCAAAGGUGAAACUUAAAAUACAGGAAGACGAACAUGAAGAGGUGGAUGAGGAGGAGGAAGAGGACGAAGAGAACACAGACGGCAUCAACAACAACAAACAGGAUUCGAAACUUGGUACAGACUCAUCCCAUUCGGAGUUGAAGGAAAAAUUAGAUUUCGUGUUGACAAGCAAAAGUGAAGAGGAAAGCGACGACGUUCCCAUGUCGGAUGUGAAUGACGACAGUCUCGAGUUUGAUAACACGGACAUAUCUCUCUACGAGAAUGUUGAAUUACGGAAGAAACCUUCUGUUCCGGUUUAUGAGAACAUGAUCCCCGGUCCAAUGACGCCAACUUGCUCUACGUUGAAAUCCAUCACAGAUGACGAAUUCUCUUCGUUCUGUGCCGAUCGCAGUGAUAUGGACAACGAGAUGGAAUAUCGGAUUGAAAUUCCUCCUAAAAUAGAACUGAAACAUCCGACCAACAACAUCAGCGUGAAACUGUUGGCAACCAAGUUCGAAACUAGUCCUGUUGAUGCACAUCCACCUUUCGACUUUCAGCAGCAAUCUAAACUGAACAACAAUAGGGGGAGUGCGGGUCCGGUGGUAACGAUACGAAACAAAUCGGCUAAGGAUUAUCAAAACCUCACCAACAUAACGCGCAGUUUGGACGAAAAUGCGUUUAUUCGUGAGUUUGGCAGUGCCCGAAAGCUCGAAAGUUUCAACAAAAGUAUUCAGCAGAUCCCCGAAAUUGACAACAUUCUCAACGAGAACAAUCCUAACCGGCGCAAAUCGCUGGACUUUACCAGACCAAAGAGCCUAAAUCCACCGAAAAAGCUACCCUCGCUGGUCGGGAAAGGUAUCGAGAAUCUCAAAGACGGUGGACCUGCCCCACACGAUUGCUGUCGACAGCAGCACCAACAGCAGCAGCAGCAGCAGCAGCAUAAAUCAUCCCCUCCCAACGAUCUGAAGUUGGACUUAUCCACCAAGAUCGAAGACACCAAAGAAGCUAGAGCAUACAAUGUGCGCAUCACGCCAACCACCGAGAACCGAAUUUCCUUAGUUCAGUAUAAUUACGACAACCGACUCAACCGACGUGAUUCGCAGCACCAGCAACAACUACAACAAGACGAAGACCGUAAUAGCAUAACGAGUAUCUCGAGCCUGAAAAUGCUUGGUAGUUGUAAGCUGGAUCGCAGUCGAAUCGAAAAAAUCAAAGAAGAACGACGACAUCAGCUGAGCGAAAAGUAUCGCUCUGAGUCGUUCAAAGGCGAACGCACAUCCGACUACAGUAAACUGAAAUCCAAAUCAAAGUCCGAGCUACGCGAUUUCAAGGAUGGUGAAACGAUCGAUCCGGGGAAGAAGUUCGACUCCCUACGAUUUCGUUCAAAGUCCCGCGUGGAACUGUCGGACCAGCAGUACAAUAGCAUGGAUAGCAGCAACGGGCUAUGCUCGGCAGUUUCGCUCAAUACGGUUGCACCGGUUGGUGGGCGAACUCGACGAAUCAGUGACGAAAAGAAUCAGAACGACUGUAUCGCCUCAUCUAGUCCACCACGGGUGCUUACCGGCAUCGCAAACAUUCCACAGGAUGCCAGCAUAUCGCAGGUGUGUGAUAGUAAGUUUGAAUUCAAAACCAGGCAAAAGUUCGACAAAAGGGGUAGCACCAGCAGCGGCGAUUAUCCGUCGUCGUUGGGCAUUUCGGUUGGGGGUGUCGGACGAGAACGAGACAGUUUCAACGGUGGAACCAAGAGCUUCGUCCGGAGCGGCUCCGGAACACAACGGGAUCGCUUUUCGCCACAGAUUUCAAUCAAAGAUGUCGCAGCAAUGUUCGAGUCACGAUCACAAAAUCAGUCGUAAGAAAUGGAGCAAAUUGUUUUUUAGCCAGUGACGAUGUGUGGCUUGCGGAAGUUGCCGUCUUCCAAACAAAAUCUGAGAUGUUGCAUAAUUUUCCCUCAACAGAACAAAUCGCAGCUAAUAGCUUGUCUGCUAUUGUGCUAUUUAUUUUAAAAAAAUUGAUGACAAAAAAGCCCAGUCGUGCAGUCAAACAAAUGCAGUGAAUGAGUCAAAUACAAGCCAUUGAUAUUAAUUCUUACGAUUACUAUGCAUAAAUAAUUGUAGCUAAUUUACAAAACACACUGUUAAAAUAUGAACCGACCUUCACAAUUUACACAAUCAAUACGAUUAUUUAUUUUGUCAAAUCCAUAGUUGCUAUAAUCGAUUCCCACUUGAAGGUUAUACUUUUCCGUCUCCUCCUGUACUACAAUAUAAUAAAUAAAAUACUCAAACUAGAGGUCCAUUAGAUAUGAAUAGAUGCUUAACUAUGAACUACGAAUGCUAACAGUUGCAUUUAAUGACUGCAAUGAUUAACAGAAGAUUCAAUUCAAUCGGUUGAAAAAUGUUUGGUAACGCCAGACAUUGUUUGUUUGUUUGGUACUCAACAAUAUGAAAAAAUUUGACUAUUCAGAAUUGAUAGAAUAUGAAGGUGGUAGGUUGUCAAACGAUGAUUACGCAUGACCUUAAUGGAAUGUAAAUCGUACAUAGAAAGCAUAACUUUUGUUACAAUUUUUAUACACACGUAUAAAGAUUUUGGCUACUUUCGAGGCCAGUUUUGUAGAUAUUCUGACGCGUUUUCAAGUGUAUUAUCAAUCAGGCGUAAAAUAGGCUUAUGAUGAGCGGUACUCCUGUGGAUGCUUUAUCACCUGGAAAGUUAUAAAAAGGAACAUCACAUUCUUAGGUAAGAAUUUUAGGUUGUAAUGUUUCCGUCAUUUUUUUUCUGUUUGAGAAUUAGCACGACAUAAAGUAGAUUGUUAAAAUUAUGUUUAUUCGUUUUAAAAACGAAUUGUAUUUUUGAUUGUUUGUUUGCUGCACACAUCAGUUGUUUAUUUAUCGAUAAUCAGUAGAGGAGGAAAAUUUAAGGUAACUUUUUUGUUUGCAUAGGUACACAGAUAACAUCCUACGUGUAAUUGCGAGAUUUCAAAUGAGUCUAUUGAUGAUUGCAUUGAUAGGUGGAAUGUAGAGCAUCAACUAAGAAAAUAGAGAAAGUGACAAUAAUUUCCCAUUUCCGUGCUAAAGGACUAUAAAAUAAUAAUGCAUACAAAAUAUUACAGAUGAUCAAUCACCGGUGUCCUAGAAACAGGGGUAGUAGGUGUCUGGCAUUUUAUUUUCCUUCAACUUUCCUCUAAAUGCUCGAAUUCAAUGAUUUCAAUGCGGCUUUGUUCAAUUUUUUGUAUAUAUUUAUUAAUGCCUAUUUCUGAGAUGAUAGAAUGAAACGAAGGCCAACAAACAAGUAAAUGGAUGCUUUAGUCAGUUUUUGUAAAUAUGGCUAGAAUAGGUUCAUCCGAACGUGAGUUCGAAUGAGUUUUACACAUUCGGAAGAAAAACAUGACUAACAAGCUGGAGCAAAACUGAUAUAAAUAAUAAUAGCAUCAGAAUUUAUAACGCUACACUACACUACACUCGAAACUACUUGUGAACACUGAUAUUAAUAUUGCCUAGUAUUGAAUAUGAAAUAUGCAAAUUUCGCUGACCAUUACAGAAUGUUUGAAACAAGAAACCUAUGAAAAUAAAACUUCCUUGAAACAGUUGAAA